AUGACUCUCACUGGUAGCUGCAUGUGUGGCGAUAUCCACUACUCUGCUGAUGUGGACGAAUAUUUGUCGGCGCUUUGCCAUUGCACUGAUUGCCAGAAGUGGACCGGAGGCGGAUUCACUUCCAACGCCGUCGUGCCCCGCGCCAGCUUGAAGGUGACCAAGGGAACCCCAAGCUCCUACGAUGCCAAGGGUGACAGCGGCAAGAUCAACAAGCACUUCUUCUGUCCUACCUGUGGAUCGAGCCUGUACACUGAGCUGGAGAUCAUGGCGGACAAGACAUGUAUCAAGGCCGGUGGUCUAGACAACGGAGCAGCCAACUUGGGUGGCAAGGUCGAUAUUGAAUUCUAUGUGAAGGAUCGCCCUAGCUACCUUGCUCCCGUUGACGGUGCUAAGCAGAUGCCGGCGUUUGGUUAA